AUGUCCAUUGUCGGCGUCCCUGAUUGCUUAUCACAAGGUUCCUGUGUUUCACCAAACUUUUACCUACCCUACCUAAAUGAAACCGCUGAACAUUAUUGUUGCUGUUUCGAACAACUGGGGAAUCGGACUUCAUGGAAGUCUACCCUGGAGACUGAAGAUAUGGCUUUCUUCAAGAAGUUGACAACUGAAGCAAAGCCAGGCCUCAAGAAUGUUGUGAUUAUGGGGCGGAACACAUGGAACUCCAUACCCGAAAAAUUUCGACCACUCCAGGACAGAAUAAACAUAGUCAUCUCUUCUACACUUGCUUCCGCACCCCCGGGUGUCUUUGUGUUGCCUAAUCUAACAGCCUGUAUGGACUUAUUGGAACAACAGCUGAGCUGUGAUGCCGACCGAAUAUUCGUAAUUGGUGGUUCACAGCUAUAUAAGGACGUUUUGGAACAGAAGAAAUACCCUGUGAGGAUAUUUUGCACCCAUGUAAUGAAGGAUGUGGAUUGUGACACAUUCUUUCCUGAGGUGAACUGGGACGAACUCAAGAAAAUCGAAUUACCCGAAGUCCCGUCCGAGGUGAUUGAAGAAAAUGGAUAUACAUACAAGUUCGCUGUUUACGACAUCCCUGUUUGACUCUCUGUGCACAAGAUUAUUUUUGUACGAGUAUGAGAUUUCAGUAGCCAUGGGCUUUUAUAUUAACUUGAGGUAUUCGGGGCAGUUGCCUAAUUAGUUGUGAAUGUGCUGUAAUUUGCGGUCUGUUCGAAAAGACCUUUUUCAGUUGUGUAUUGUCGUAUAAAGUGUACUGAAUUGCACUGAAAAGCACCGCAUUGUCUGUACACCAAAAUAGUCUACAAAUAACACACGGAUGAGCGACUCAUUCAAGGGCUUUUACGUAACCCCGGUGUUUUUAUGGGUACUUAGCUGCUCAACAAUCAACAGUGUAUUUCGUAGUUUAAUCAGGACGAUGUGGGUAAGCCACUCCACU